AUGGCCAUCCGACGAUGGUUUGGCUGGUCUCCGGUCGGGUUCGGCAACCGUCUGUCUAAUACCAUCCGAGAGAAUUACUAUCUGGGGUUCACAUCCUUCGGCGGCCCUCCCGUCCAUUUCAAGAUCUUCCAUGACAAGUUCGUCGACAAGCUCCAAUGGAUCGAGGAGCAGGUGUACCAAGAGCUAUUUAGUGUGUGCCAGGCAUUCUCCGGCCCAGGCAGCACUAAGAUGCACUACUGCAUCAACCUUAUCCAUGACGGCUUUCCGUCAGCCAUCUUGGGUUUCAUCAUCUGGAGUCUCCCCGGGGCCCUAGCGAUGUACGGCCUUUCCGUCGGCGUUGCCAAUAUCGGAGAUUCUCUCCCCGGCCAGCAUAUGCCCUUCUUUCAGGGUUAA